AUUUAAUCAUUCUAAAAUGUCUCAAAGCGAUAGCUCUAAGAGUCAUGCCGGAGAAUACUGUUCACAGAUGCAAAGCUUUGAAGUUAGCAUGUAUGCGAAAGAUAAUGACAAGGCUAGCGGAACUUUUAACAACCAGAUCCAGUUCUUGCUUUCAACAUUAGGCUACGCAGUGAGUUAUGGAAACAUCUGGAGAUUUCCGUAUAUGCUUUACCAACAUGGCGGAGGAGCCUUCUUUGUUCCAUAUCUUAUCUGUUUGGCCAUCUUGGUUUUUCCUUUGUUCUAUUUGGAAAUUGCCUUUGGACAGAUGUACAGGAAAGCCCUUCAUAGAUAUUAUGAUACCAUCCAUCCUAAGCUUUUAGGACUCUCAUUCACUGUAGCUGCUAUUUGCUUCUUUAUUGCAACUUACUACCUAUGUCUGAUAGGCUGGUGCUUUGCAUUCUUCCUGAACUCUUUCCAAGACCCCCUUCCAUGGGCUCCCAAGGUUGACGAGGAUGGUAAAGUUGACGAGUUCUCAAAUAGAUAUUUUGUUAAUGAGUUUUUGGAUAAAUCGGACAGUCUUUUCGACAUAAGGUCAUACAAUCCAACAAUUAUGAUCUCUCUUGUGCUUAUGAUGUCCUUCGUGUUCUUUACUCUUUACAGAGGGAUCCAUUCUGCAAAGUAUGUAUCUUACUUUGUAGUGCCUCUUCCAUACUUCAUCCUGGCUGUCUUCUUCGUCAAAGGACUUACUAUGGAAGGAUUCUCUAGUGGCUGGGCCUACUUGUACAAGCCUGAUUGGUCCAAGCUAUGGACUCUAUCGAUCUGGAGUGAUGCUGCAGGUCAAGCUAUAUUCUCAGCAGGACUUGCUCAUAAUACUGUUAUUAAGUUUGCAUCACAUAGAAAGGAGGAUGAUCCUUUGCUGAGUUCUACCAUACUUCUUCCAUGCUUGAACUUUGGCACUUCAAUGUUUGCCUCCCUUGCUUUGUUCUCUUUCAUCGGACAUGCAUCAUAUACUUCAGGAAUCCCAAUUGAUGAUAUGAAAGUGCAGGGAAUGGAACUGACCUUUGUGGUGUACCCAGCACUGAUCAAUACUUUACCUUGGCCUAAUCUCUGGAGUAUCCUGUUUUUCACAAUGAUGACAUCUCUAGGAUUAGGAACUGAAUACAUCUUAGUUGAAGUCUGUAGCGAUAUAUUCCAUGGAACAUGUAGCAGGAGGAAGACAUUUAAGGGCAGGAAAGUAGUAAUGACCUUUAUCUUCUGCUUGAUUAUACUUCUCAUCAACCUGGCCUUCUUCGCUUCUAGUGCUGGCUACUAUUGGCUAAAGUAUGUUGAUCACUAUGCGACAAGUAUAAAUCUUGUAGUGUUCUCUUUUGUACAGAUAGUUCUCUUUGUUUACUUCUUACCUAUUGAAGACUUGAUUGAAAAGAUCAAGAAGUUCGGAGAGGCAACUCCUAAGCUAUACAUAUUCUGCCUGAAGUACAUUUGUCCAAUUUUCUCCCUAUUUCUAUCUGCUAUGGCUGUGUAUGGAGACAUCACUCGGAAGAAUAAACCUAAAGAAACUAUUGAUGUGAUCGUUUGUAAUAUCAUCUUUGCAAUUCCUUUGUUGAGCUUCUUAAUAGUGUUUGUGUGGAACCCCUUCGGAAGAUAUGACUUAGAGAAUAAAGCAGAGUACAGAUCAGCAAGUCUUCUAGACGAUGGUGAGGAGAUGAAGGAGGCUAGCCAGUCUGGUGAUCAAUAAAUGUGAAGAUAGGGUAUCAAAAAUAUUAGCUUCAAAAAUAUUCAU